AAGCAUUGGUAUUGUCGUCAUUGCUUAUGCUUUAAGUUUGAGCAACAUCAAACUAGCAAUGGUAGUGGUGAAGUGUCCACUAUCACAAGAAUGCGCUUCAUCCGCAGACUGAAACUUGUUCGUAUGAUGUAUACGUACAAAUAAGGCGCUGCUUCUUCAUAUGAAAUUUCAAUGCAUUUGUUCACUUUCUUUUUGACUUAUACGACAAAAUGCCAUCUUCGUCCAGAACAUUGCUAGCCGGUGUGGUGUUCCUGCAACUCCUGACAAUUUUCGCAGCGGAGCAAACUGGUACUACGAUGAUCGCGAAGAUGUUUAUCCUCGGUACCCUUAUCCCGCUUCAGCAAAUUCGCAUUGUCGCCCUCGGUUCGAGAGCCCCAGGACAUCAUGGUAAUGGAAAUCAUCAUCUUUUCGGUGCUGGCGUUCACCAGCCGCCCUUCCCUCAACCGGCAGGCGCGUCGUCUUCCCUUUCAGCGGCCGCGCCCAGCUCGUCCACGGGUGCCGUCUCCCAGCCCCCAGCGUCGCUGUAUUUGGACGAGAGGACAAACAGCCAAGCGCGGCGGCUUUCCUCUUCCGGGCACAGAGCUGGAGCUCCUACCGCGAGCAAUCCCGUACCGUCGUGGCCGAGCUUCAUUGUGCCGGUCCUGCACGGCUCUAGUAGUGCAUCAGCGCCUACUGGCUCCUACAGUUCUUCUACCGGCGCACCGCCGCCCAGAACGGCGAGUAGGACCCAGUACAGCCCGGCAGGAGUGCCGCAUAGCUCCUCACUACCGUCCUCCGCCGUUGCUGCGCCGCCUGCAGGUGCAAGUCCAAGAACAGCUGGCGCACACCUCGUUCACAGUGGCCCGCUCCCCGCUCACCGAGUUCGAGCGGCAUCGGCGUCGUCGCCGAAAGCGGCUGCUGGUGGCGCAUCUUCAUCGUCUGGCCUGCGACGCACGAGCGGGGCCAGUCACCAGGUCGCGACUACUAUCUCCAACGGCGGGCCGCCGGAUUUGCGAACCCAUCUGGAUCCGCCUGGUGCAGGAGAAACGCGCCCAUCGGGAAGGAGUUCCACUGUGUCGCGGGAUGUCAGCAGCUCCGCUUCUUCCAACAGUACGGCGGGGUCGAGGAAUUCCGCUAGCAGUAGCUCUUCCGCAUCGAGCAGUGUGACGAUGAAUCAGGGGAGUCUGCCAGGUCGUAAUGAUGUUCCACCGACGGCUGAAAUUGAUCUCGGAGCACCGCGAGUGGUCAGGAAUCAUGACCUCGGGUUUGUAGACUCAGCAGCCGUCAUCGACGAACGAUCGACCGGCAAUCGGCAAGCCGCAACUGGCGCUCGCGCAAGAACAGUAGAGCGUGAGGGGACCACGAUGAUUCAGCCCAACACCGCGCGGGGCAGCUCUUCGUCGAACAGAUGGAGCAGAGCGAGUGACGCGGUUUCCCAUCGGGACAGCAGGGGAACGGGUAGUACUUUUACUUCUAACGCAGGAGCAGGUUCCUUGCAUUUCUCCCCCUCGUCCCGUCUCAUCGCGACGACCUCCACGGCAAACAUACCCAACCCGCGAAAUGGCGACUAUUCGCCCACGGUGUCGAGGCGUGCGUCGCUCGGAAGUGGUGGUGCUAGCCAGCAGACACAGGGUGGUUACGUUUUGCCCGCGACCAGCCCUGUUCUGACGACCAGCACAGCUAGCAACACAACUGCUUUUGCUAGUUCGGCCGCGAUUCCGCCGACGUCUAACAGCCCAGUCUCGGCCCGAGUUGGUGCAGCAGCUGGACUAAGUCUGCAAACACACUCAGCUAGCAUCCCGCAGCGGCGAGAGCAACAGCAGCAGCACGGCACGCCUGGCACGAUUCGGCAUGGUACGUUCCAGAGCCCGCGAAGUCUGGCGGGGGCAUCAAGCUCGACCAAUCUGUCCACUGCGGACCACACCCGGUUGCGUGCAUCGGAGCGGACCGUGGAAGAGCAGCGCUCGCUGAUUUCACAACUGGCCAACGAUUUGCAGCACGCGAAGACGAGGCUGCGGUCGCGAGACAGGAUGCUACAUUCCGCGAAGGAGAAGGAGCACCAGUUGUUCAUCGUAUUUCUAUGUUUGCAUGACAGAUUUGAGUAAUUGUCGCACAUGCUACACGUACAAAAUACAUCACAGACUGAGAUUUUGGCAGCUACCUACAACUAGCUGCAAACAUCAUGAUAUUGAUGAACAAGUUCAUUGCAGUGUUGUUGCCCAUGAAGCACGAAUGUGAAUGACACACCAUUAUCAGGAAAAAAGCUCCCUUCUGGAGCAGGUUGCUGGUUUGCAGGAGCUAUCCUGUGCAAAAGUAUCGUACUCGUAUUGUAAUCAUGCAUUACAAAUCCUGUUGGUUCUUAAGGCAAAUUAGCAUUACAAAUUUUCUUCCUCAUGCUGAGGAAAUUUGUAUAUGCAUUUAUACGAGUGCGAUACUUUUGCAAUUCAUAGGAGCAGUGUGGGUUCCUUCAGACCGAGAUGGACGCUCAGCGCUACUGCUACUCGUCGGAGCUGUAUCGCAAGAAAAAAGUGUUACAGUUACACAUUGUGUUGCAGGCCAAGCAAGACAGAUAAGCUUUGUCAUGCCGGAUAUGCAUAGGAGCCUCGUUUCAUAGGUGCUUUCCCGUAGGGUUUCUGCGAUACAAGUUUUCUCUCUCAUGCAGAGAAAUUUGUUUUGCUGAAUUCACUACAAAUGUGUAACUGUAACACUUUUUUCUCACGAUAUGCUGGGGCGCCAGUGCCGCGAGUGGAUCGAGUCCUUCCGGUUGUUGCGGGACGAGCUCACCCAGAAGGUGCAGGAUUCUUGUGCCGCUGGGAGUUGCCGGGCGGACUCCAUCAGCGAAGACCUGGUGCGGAAAAUGAUGGAGGAGUGUGCGGCGGUCCGCAGUCUGGUCGAGAGGGCAUUGGAAGAAGAAGAGAUGGAGAGGCACAUCGAGGACGAAUUGCACGGACGUAGUCUAGACAGCACCUCCAUUUCCCAGCCGCAAACGCAACAUGACUCCGACGAAGCUGGAGCAACGACGAGUCCGGAGGACGUAAACCCCACGACGACCUCUCGACGCACCCCCUCUGCUGGAUCUGACGCCAGUGUGAAGAGCGCAGGUGAGGUGAAAAGGAAACUCUUCGGGCGACACCGGGCGAACACGGAUUUGUCCGUGACCUCUACUAUCGCACCGAAUGUCGAUGAGGAGGAGGAAAUGGAGUGGAAUGGAGGCGGGUCUUCCGCGACAACUUCGGGCAGUGUUGUCGAUAGGUUUUUCCCCACACCGAGCCCCAUGGACGUCGAUGACGAGGGGGAAGAUGCGACGGUGUAUUACCACUCACAGGCGUCUCAAACAGAAAAUAGCCGAGUGGAAGACCAAGCUUGCCCAGCUGGAGGUGCUGGGGGAACUACUACUGCAGCCGACGACAAGAUGACCUGUUCUACCUCUAGCAGGUCAGUAUCGAAGGAGAGCAAGCGGAACACAGUUACGAGCGAGGAGCAAGAAAAGAAAAACGGCGAGAGUGACAGGCUGAUCUGCCACGAGAUCGUGAAGCUACUGACCACUGCAAGCGAGGAUUGGCAGGACCCAAUCACGCUAGACGUCAUGGACGACCCUUGUCUCGCUUCGGAUGGUCACGUGUAUGAAAAGUCCAGCAUUGAGCGGUGGAUGACGCAGUCGCGAACGAGUCCGAAAACCCGCGAACCUUUAACAGCCAUGCCCCCAGUGGUGCCUGUCAGACUGUUGAAAAACACGAUCACAAAUUGGAAGGAACAGCACUCGAAAGCGUUUGAGCUUGCACUGCUGCACAACCAACCGGAGAUCUGCGAACAUUUGAUGGCCAGCGGUUUUGAUGCGGACAAGUUCUUCCUGCAGAAUGCAGCGAACGGGAAUUUGGAGGUAUGCAGUGCUCGUGUCCUCUUGAUUUAUCGUGCUCUGUAAUUCGGCGCGACACGCACCGGGCACGUACAAGUGCACAAACUCGCCGUAAAAUGAUCACGCAAACUGAAGCACUUGAAUACAGCCACUCCCACCUUUAACCGUGUAUUUUCGCCACCAUAGCACGUACUUUCAUCUCGUUGCUGUCCUCUUUGUUUUGCUCCGUCACCACCAACCCUAUCCACAACAAAUUGAUGAAUUUUCACGACCUACAACCACAGGUGAUCAAGGCUCUUGUGUCCCCCACCGACGCCCGAACUCCAUAUGUCAGCCACGUGGCUGAUUUGGUGGACGACAUGCUAUUACCAACACCGCCCCUCGGUGUCGUUUCUCGUGGCGGGACGACGAUGGCGACGCUCUUUUGCCAGUUUGACACCUUCAACCGGGACAGGCAUAUCCACCGCAAAAGUACUAUCGCACUCGCAAUCGCUAUCAGUUGCAGUGAUGCGCAUGCGUGAAAACAAAUGUAGUUCCUCAUCUGAGCAGUCACCGUUGCAGAUUCAGUUUUUCCUCUUGAAAGAAUCUUGAAUGCACAUCACAUUUCUACGUACUAGUUGUAGGUGUAAGUAAGGUACUCUUGCAAUGCAUACGGGACAGCGAAAAGCAAAUGUGGCCAAGCUUCACUGCAGUGCACGCAGCGGCAUACCGCAACCACGCGGACAUCGUCGAAUUUUUGUUGCAGCAGCCAGGUAACAAGGGACAGUGGGUUCUUCUUGAGCACUAGCCUCCGCUUCGCAUUCUUGAAGAACAAGUGUCGUGUUGAAGAUGAUCAUGAUUAACAUUCCAUUUUUGUUCGCUAGACUUCACAUGGUAGGACAAAGUCUAAUCUGCGGCUGCCAUGCAAGAAAUUUUACUUCUCCUCUACAGGCGUCGACGUUUGGGCGACUGACGGUUGUGGGAACACACCGCUGCACUACGCGGCGUACCAUGGGAAUACCAAGAUGACCGAGGUGAUUCUCGCGAAAGCUGGCUUUUUAGACAUUGUGAUGGCCAGAAACGGAGGACAGAAGGCCGCUGGAAUGUCUUCCCCGUCAACAUACAAGACAAACUUGCAAAUCGAUGCGGGGCAACAUCAGAACCCACUUCUCGAUGCUGGAACAAGCUGCUCAUUGAUGCCGUUGGAAAAUUUACCCGGCGUCACUGCCCCUCCAACAGCGGCAUACGUCGGCGCAAGUUCUUCGGAACCACCUGCAGUGGUCUCAACAAGAGCUUCGACCACGAGCGGCGUUCGUGGGAGCAUUUCGUCCACGACAGAUCUGGUGAACGAUUUUCUGGACCAGAACCGCCAGCGCUAUUUGAAUUUCACGGGCAGCAUUCGCGAACUCCGAGAGCUGCACCAGCAACUGACGGAAAGGCUGGAGUACCACGGGCGCUCUGCGCGACCGAGACGUCGACCGGCUCCUGCAUCUUCAACAGCAGAGCCAGAGCCACCCCGGGAAGAGCGCACAGCUUCGUCCGUCGGCGCUUCAAGGGUCGACGCAACUCCCGCGCGACCGUCCGCGGCGAAUCGAAGUACUCCGAACGGGCGAGAAAGCGUCGACGAGCGCAGACGACGGCGGAGUGUUACUCCUCUCAGCCGGCGCGCGGGCGCAUCGCAGGUUGGAGGUGCUGCAUCGACGUCACCGGUGGCUGGUGGGGGCACAGCUGCACCACCUACACCUCUUUCAUCGUCAGCCGGGCCAAUGUCCUCUGCGUCUUCAGGGUCUGCAUCUGCUCGCGGCAGCCGCGUUUUGAGUGCUGCAAGCACUCCUGCGGGGACAGCUUCAGGAGCCACUGGUCAGCUGCAAACUAGCGCGGGAGGGGGAGCGGGCAGUCUGAGUGGCAGUUUCUCUGCACGAGGCACGGCUGCGGAGUCGUCUAGUGCCGCUGGUGGUGCGCACAGUCUCAGCCCGCCGCUGCCAACCCGGGGUGGCGUGGCUUCGUCGGCGGGUGCGCUAGUUUCACCUGGGACAAGUGGGGCCAGCGUUUCGCGGACCCGCCCGGGAACCACGACCUCAUCAUCCUCUUCCGCCACCUACCGAGGAGCGUUGUCGAGCCAGUCCACCGCCAGCAUCACGCCUAGAAGGGGGAACAAUGGCAACACGGGCGGAAUAAAUGGCGCAGCUUCUUCUUCUCUCCACACCAGACCGAGUACGCUUGCGUCGCUGCGGGCCCGGGCGAACACAAGUCCCGGCACCGGGGCAGCUGGAGGUGCCAACAACAGCACGAACAAUGCCGGGGCUCCUGCUCAGACUUCAUCUUCCUCCUACGGCGGGGCGAAUUACCCAACGCCAAGGGGCGUGAACAGGUCGCCUAGAACGGCUGCCGGCCAAGCUUCUUCGUCUUCCGGAAGUGCGGUUCAGACAGGAGGAGUCGCUGCCCUUACCGCUGCUGCACAGGGGCGCAUGCAGCGCUUGCAAUCAGUUUUGGCUGGAAACGUGAUUGCAAUGCCUGGAGCUCCUGGUAGCGCAACAGCCUCUGGAGCUCAUCUCCCGGUUUCCCCUCUCACCCACUCCCGCACACCCUCCUACAUUCCCUCGUCCGCAAGUGCGACGCACAUCACCCGACCUGGAGGCACGAGAGCGGAUCAGUCGACGUCCUCACACCAGCAUAUUUACAGCGAACCGCUCCCGACCUCUCGAGACCGCCAUCCGCUACUGGAUGAGCUGGCGGCGAUCGAUGUUGACGCAACCCCCGCGAAUUUGGGUUUGCGCCCGGAUAUGGUGGACGCCGUCAGUCGGAAACGCGAGGAAUGGCUGUUUCGGAGACUGAUGCCUGCGGUGUUUUUGCAAAAGUCGAAAAUGUCAGAAAACAUCACUGCGAAGAAUAGCCUGCAACUGGAGGAAAGAACAAGCAAGAAUGACCGGCGCAGUGGCCGCGACGGAAAUCAGAAAAAGGGAAAUCAAAGAAAGCAUUCGUUGCCGCCCUCGGAUCCGCACACCUAUACGCAAUUUCUGACCGAAUCGGCGAGGCGCAGCGAGGAAAGGCUGAAGCUGAUCUAUUGGUUCUGCAAUUCUCUAUCCGAAGCCGCCGAUGGGGGCGAAAACUUCCGAAUUUUGCAGCGCGAGUGCAGCCAUCUGUUGACGUAUUUGUCGGGGUGUGCGGAGCACAACCGAGCCCGCGCUCUGGAAGAUCUGGAGGCAAGGAUGCAGAAGCUAGACGUCAGUGAUAGAGACAGGGACGUUGUCGACCAGCUGCGGGCUCGUGCUAGUACUAGCACAAAUGGUGCUAGUACUGGUUCUGCAUCGUCAUCGGCCGACGCAGCAGGGUCGACAAGAACUUCUCGGACGCCGAGGACUCAAGGCAGUUCUUCUGCGCGCGAAUCGCGAGAACGUAUGGGCCACAACAGUCCGGUAAUCACUGAGGAGCAAGUAGACGCUCUAACGAACAAUCCUGCAGGCGGAAGUGGAACCUCUGGCUCUGGUGCGCCGCGACCAGCAUCACAAAUCCGCCUGAACCUCGGACCCAUGCACGAAAUCGAUCUCUUACCAGAUGAUCGCGGACCAGUACCGGCGAUACCGAGCGCUGCAACAGAACAGGCUACGGCUGCACAGACGUCGGUCGAGGAGCUCAGCAGAAUUUACAGUCCCAUCCCACAGCGAGGACUACACCCAGACCAGGACGAGGAGGAACCAGACGGGUACUACACCCCCACGUCUGCCGAAUUUGACAACUUCCCGGUUGUUGUAGCACCAGAUGUUGCUUCCGCAAUAUCCGUGCAAAACGAGAACGAACACCUUCAACAACUCCCCACACGCCCGACUUCUCGAUCUUUCGGUGACGGAAGCACAAGCAGCGCAGCAGCCGCGCGACGAAAUCGCCCAAUCCCGGGGGAGCUGGUCGACGAUCAGAUGAGAAACGACGCAGGUGCGCCGUCUAUGGGCGCAGGAACGGUGUUCGAUGGAGAGGUGUUGCAGGGCGAGGUAAUCCUGCAAACGCCGGACCACUACGGGAGCAACCCGUUUGAAGACACCACAGAGCAGCGGCACUCCCUCGGUGACGCUGUGGCCGCAGACACUGCGUUAGCAGCUGCCGCCAGACAGCAGCAGCUUCCCUUGGACCAGCGGAACACGCGGACAGUGACGAUGACGUCGAUUUCGCCCCCAAACGACGACGAUUUCUCCAGCAACUCCGAACUGGAGUCCGUCACGGCGGAGCAGGAGCAGAUUGACCGUUUUCUAGAGCAAUACGCAAACGACCGACCGAGUUUUAUCUCCCGCAUCUCCGCGUUUUCCAACAGUAUAAACACACUGCAAUUCCGGGAACAGGCACGAAGAAUGAGUGCAGCGGGAAGCAGCACGACCGGCGCCGCGAGAGGUACUACUUCUAGCACAGGUGGUCGAGAAUCAUCUUCGGGAGUAGAUGCUGCUGCUGCUGCACCGACAUCUUCGGGGCGUGGCAGCGGUAGUGGAGUGGGUGGUGCAGCUAGUGGGAGUAGACCUUCACCCGGGAGAACGUCUUCCGGGUCCGGGUCUGCAGGACCGACACCGAGGACUAGCAGAUCUUCGACGGCUGGUGCUGCAACGAGCAGUAGUGCAGCGGUAUUAAACGCAGGGUCAUCAACAUCUCCGACAAAUGGAGCAGGUGGUCCAACAGGCACUACUAGUUCAACAAUUCAGCCACGCCUCCGGCGCAGCGACAGCUCGUCGUACACCUACGCCUCGGUUGAGCAGGUCGAUCGAAAUGCAACAGUGGCAGAUCCAGAUCCAGAUCAAGAAGCCAUCCCAGCCUUCGAAGAUAUGCCAUCGUGGCUUCGCGGGCUUGUAUCCAAAAAAAAGAACCAUCCCGAUCCAAUUUGGCAUGCAAUAAAACAUGCGUCCGAGGAGCCUGUUUUUGUCAUGUCAAAAAUGGAAGAUUGGGAUGAGUCUGUUUCUGUGGAUAGCUCGCUCUCUCCAGCGACAUGCCGCUCCCGACAUGGAUCUACCAGGCCGCCACUGCAGUGGACUUGGCGGGGAAUAACGAUGCUGCCUUGCGGGCAGAUCAAGAGCAGCCCGCAGAAGCAGCAGGUGGCUCUGCAGCGGAACAGCAGCAAUUGCGUCGUCCCGGCGGACCGUCCGCCGAGACUGUGAGCGGUGUGCGAAACGAGCGAAGCAGCAGCGAUCCUCGACGUGCUGCUGGGAUGAACCUGGCAGCUGCAGGAGCUGCUGCGUCAAGAAAUCGAACAAGAACCACAGCAGCAGCUGCACAGCCUGCUGACCUUUCACACGGCCCCGUUGCAGAAACACCCGCGGGAGCUGCCGACCGCCCGUCCAUGACAGAGCUAGCGCGACAGAUGUUUGGGUUCGCUUUUGCCGGCGAUCCAGCUCCGGAACCGCCAUUGGCCCCAGCGGAAGAGGAGCGGAGGAUGUCAUCUGCAGUAGCAGGCGGUUUUCCAUUGGUGGAUGUCAACCAGCAAUACAGAACACACGUAGAGCAACACGCGGCAGUUGGAAGUAGACCACUAGCAGGACGAGGCAGCACCAGCACCAGAAGCUGCGGCGACCCAGACCUCACACAUCACGGCCCCACUGCGCGCGACAUUGUCAACUUGGAUGCGCAGAACGUGAAGGGAUUUACAGCGCUGCAUGUAGCAGUGCAGGCAGACCAUGCAAAUUUGGUGGCGCUAUUGCUGUCCUCGGGGGCAAAGGUUUGUUCUUGUUGUAGUUCUGCUGUUUCUUGGAAGAAGAUUUUGACUAUUGUUUCUUUUGGUCUAUCAAACGAAUGACCACAGCUUUUACUUUGGAGCUUGGCAAGGACACCGAACUUUCGGAAAUCAUGAGAAUGAAGAGAAUUAUGUGCCUGUCAGUGGUGUGAUUUCAAUCUGUAUUGAUACAUGAAUGAGCAACAUCGGGCAAUAAAACAAAUGCGUCAAAAACACCAGCCCGCCACGGUAAGUAACGGGGUUUCCAUGACACCGCUGUCCACAGCUGUAUUGAUGACAAAGAACCUGGAAGUCAUGCAGCUCCUCUGGUUAAGCGGCACCCGUCGGCUCUCUGGCGUUGUGAAUCCCAGACGCGGCGUUCUGGUUGAUGAGAUGAUCAGGACAUUGCUUGACAUUCUGCUGACCGGAGAAGAGGAGGAAAGCGUCGAGUAUGGUGGGCAACAAGACCUGCUACAUCAUCAGCCAGUGCAAGGUCUUGAUCUACCACACGCGGCGCGUGGCGCGUGAUAGAUCUUCGUGUUGCGGCACACAAAAAAUCUACAGCUACACGAGGAGAAACAAAUUUGACGGCCUAGAGUAAAAAAAAAAAAGGUGGACACCGACUUGCCAUCCGUCUACGCGUCGCGAAAGCUUUCUCAUUCUGUUUCGUACAAGUGCAAUUGUCUGCAGCCAACUACGUCUUUUCAUAUUCAAAUGAACAAGCAUUAAGCAAGUAGGGCAGCAGGAGAUAAAGUAUUGUGCCCCGCAUUCCAGCAUGUAGUGAAGAUUUGCUCUUUGCAACAGUACCAUAGUUGUGAAUGUAGUUGAGGGCGCUGACUCGACUCAUUCUCAUCCGAAUUGAGGCAUCUCCAUAAUAUCUUCAACGUGAACUUAAAUCAUGUAACAUGAGCUAGUACUCUGAAGCUCACUUUAUUUCUACUCUUGCAUUCAAACUCAGAACCAGGAAGCAACCUCCUUGAGAAUAAACUUUUCAUCCCAAGAAAGUACCGCAUCGCUAUAUUCUAUGUCAAUUAGACACGUUUCGACGCAUAUCCAAUUUUGUUGUCUGUUUAGUAGAAGAAAUAGUGGUGUUGCAAGUCGAGAAAAAAAAACUGCAGCGCUGCAGUGUUUUUUUUUCGCCCUUGCAGCUACCAACUCCUCGCUCGAUGAGUUGAGUUGUUUUAUCAGAGCUUUAUUGUUUUGACCCAGAAUCUACUGUAGUUUGUCACAGAUGAAGCAUAUGCGUGACUCGUUGGUGGAGUUAUUUGUUUAUUCUAAAGGUAAAGCUACAUCUGCCAGCAUGUUUGUAAUUUUGCGAAAUGAACUUUCCGUGUGAAGCCCCGAAUAUAGGGGCCAUGCUUUGACCGCGAAAUGUGAAUACUUUUGAAGCAGAUGUACAACUUGCCUGACAAAAUAUUCUACUUACAAGAUUACGGCACUAGUGCCUGCUCUUGAAGACGCAGCCUAACCGACGCUGGGUGCACGUCGGCUAUUAAGUAGCCGUUACUGAUAUCUUCAACUUCACAGGGGGUCGCGACUCAC